AUGAACAAAUCCAGAUUUUCUAUGUUAUUGUUGGAGCCAGGAGAAAUAUAUUUUGAAGAUUAUUCCUGUACAAUGAGUGAUAUAUCAAACUUAUCUAACACAAUACAGGGUAGAUUAAAACUUUGUUCAAAGUCUCUUAUUUUUGAGCCCAGAGAGUGGAUUUAUCCGCUUAUUAAAUUAUAUUUUAAAGAAUGUAUUGAUAUAAACGUAAAGACAGAUGGUGGUGAUGAGAAAAGUGCUUUAAAUAUAAGUAUUAAGCAAUACGCUGAGAUGUUAGAAGAGAAUAUACUAGCACCUUAUAAAUUUAAAUAUGAAUGUAAAGAGUUCCGUUUUAUUUUUGAUUUUGUGUCCGCUGAGGAGUGUUUGAGCCAGAUGCAACAAUUACAUAGAGCUUCAACUCUUCAUGCUCCCGAACAUAACAGUAUGGUGGCAACUAUACAACAUUCUCGAUAUAUGAGAAUGACGUUUGAUCCUGUUAUGAUGGAUGAUUUCACAGAGAAAAUUAUUGAGGAAUUUCAAGCUGAAAAAAUUUCGCCACUAGUCAGACAUCAAGGAAAAUUAGCUCUCACUUCUACAACCUUAUAUUUCCAACCGUUUAGCAAUAUUGAAAGUAAUGCAAUUCUAAAAAUGAAAUUAAACCAGUUGAACAGGAUAUAUAAAAGGAGAUUUUUAUUAAGGCAAGUUGGGCUUGAAAUAUAUGGUAAAGAAGGUACUGCCAUAUCUUACAUAUAUCUUGUAUUCCAAUGUGAAGAAGACAGAGAUCUAGCAUAUAAAAUUCUAGAAGAAUCUCCUAAUGUCCACUUGGAGCCCAUUCAUGUUGAAGAAAUGACACUCCAGUGGCAGAAUGGAAUUGUAUCCAAUUAUGAUUAUCUGAUGUAUCUCAACUGUCUUGCUGACAGGAGUACGAAGGAUUUAACACAAUAUCCUGUAUUUCCUUGGGUGGUGGCAGAUUAUACAUCAGAAACAUUAGAUUUAGAUAAUGCAGACACAUUCCGAGAUCUCACUAAACCUAUGGGCGCUUUGAAUUCAGACAGAUUAGAGAAAUUACUAGAAAGAUUCCAUGAAAUGUCUGACCCGAAAUUUUUAUAUGGAUCUCAUUAUUCCGCUCCUGGUCUUGUAUUGUUUUAUUUGGUAAGGAAAUAUCCCCAGUACAUGUUGUGUUUACAAAACGGAAGAUUUGAUCAUCCAGAUAGAAUGUUCAAUUCAGUGAAGGACGUUUAUAAUAAUUGUUUGAAGAAUAUGUCGGAUUUUAAGGAGCUAGUAGCGGAGUUCUACGACACGAGUACAAAGGGCGAUUUCCUAGUUAAUAUACACGAUAUAGAUUUCGGGGAGCGUCACGACGGGUCAAAGGUAGCGGACGUGGCGUUACCACCGUGGGCGGAGUCACCAGAACAAUUUGUACACAAACUAAGACAGGCUUUAGAAAGUGAUUACGUGUCCAGAUACUUACACGCCUGGAUUGAUCUCAUAUUUGGUUAUAAACAACGCGGCGAGGAGGCUGUUAAAGCUAAUAAUGUAUUCCACCACGUGUGCUACGAAGGCUCCAUAGACUUGGACGUGAUAUACGAUAUGAACGAUCGACACGCGCUCGAAGUACAGAUAAUGGAGUUCGGUCAGAUACCGAAACAGCUGUUCACUAAGCCACACGUGAAAAGAAUACCACAGAAGAUAAUAAAACCUAUUAACACAAAGCCAAGCAAUCAUAUAGAAUGUAUUAAAAUAAUUACAUUACAUAAGGAAGCUGUGACUUGUGUUAUGAGAGAAAGGGACAGAAUCAUAUCUGUUGGUAAGGACGGUACUCUGAAAGUGUAUGAUGUGGUCCAGGAUAAACAGAUACGUAGCGUCAUACUGUGCAGUACGCCGCUUAGUUCAUGUGUUAUGGUGGACGAGCAUAUUGUCGCUGCUGGUUCGUGGGAUAAUGAAAUGUUUAUAAACAUAAAACAUGUGAUAAUGUUAUAUAUAAUCUGUAAUUUCUUAAUAUCUUUUUUAUAG